CUCGAGAUCUCUCCCUCCAUUGAUUCACCCAUCCCCCGUAACAACAAUGAGCUUCACUGACUCCCCAACCACUCCGUCACGACCUCCAGAUAUACCCUCGACCGAUACGGCAUCCCCUGCUCCACGUAUCGGAUCCCCAAAGGCGGAACCACCAGACCAAGCCCGGACGCGGUUUUUGCUCGAGUUAGAGUUUGUUCAAUGUCUUGCGAACCCCCAGUACCUCCAAUUCUUGGCACAUCAACAAUAUUUUAAUGACCCCGCCUUCCUCAAUUACCUCGCCUACCUGAGAUACUGGCAACAGCCGCAAUAUGCAAAGUACAUUGUAUACCCAUACUGCCUUCACAUUCUCGACCUCCUCCAGCACGCCGCCUUUCGCUCAGCGUGCUCGUCUUCUGAAUUUGUGAAAUCGAUACAUGAUAAGGAGUUUUGGCAUUGGAAGACAUACCGGAAGAAUAGGAUGUUGGAAGAGCAUCGUGCUCUGGAGAUACCUGUGGACCUUAUGGACUCUCGGGACGUGUUUGCUGGGGGAGGGCAAGCAGCAUCUCCAGCAGAUCGGCCUGCACUGGAAAUAGGCAACGGCACGGCGAGACCAGAAGUCAAUGGUGAACCGUUGCUGAAUGGGCUGACUGAAUCACCCGUGAUGGCAAUGGAGACCGAUUUCGAUUUCGGCAGCGAAGGCGGGCUAUUGAUGGAUGGGCUUGAAUGAUAUAACCGAGUCUUAUUGUACAUAGUUUGAAUGGAAGUAUAUGCGGUGGGUCGUUACUGAUCACACCCGUGUUCAUUUACGGGCUAUAUGAAAACAUGGACCUCCAUCCACAUAUAGCCCAGAAAGCACUGGUCAAACGCAUCAUAUUACGUUACUCCGCAC